AUGGCCGAAGCACAAGUCUUGCCACAGAGGCAAGCUGGCCAAGGGGAGCAGCAGCAAGGAGGUGGAUUCAACUUCAACAAGCUCCUCCUCGGCGGCGCCAUCUACUUUGGCUUCAACAUGGCCCUCAACUACGCCACCAAGAAGGACCAGCGAGCCGUCGCCGUCAACCACCCCGAGACGGGCGAGAUCAUCAAGGUCCCCGGGAACACAGAGGGCAUCCCUCCGUUUGAGCUUCGCCCCAAGGAGCUCAACGAGGGCGCCACGUAUCGUGCGUUCCCCAAGAACGUUGCGCCCAUCUGGCCUCAGGACAGCCACGUCGACAUCGUCGUGACCCUGUCGCAGUCGUUCAACCCCAUCCCCAUCUCCGAGACCUCCGACGAGUAUGUCGUCUUGCAAGAGAAGGAUUUCCACCUCAGCAACAAGUCCGACAAGCGAACCGUUGAGACAACAUUUACCGUUCCCCCUGCUGUCCAGCACAAUGGCACCCUCUGGGGCCACUUCUACGUUGGUCUCACCGGAAGCAACCUUGACCCUAAGCAGCCUGGUUUCGAUACUGCCAAGGCCUAUCACUUUACAUGGCCUUUGACUCAGUACCUCCCCAAGAAGAAGGUUGCAAAGACGCGAAACUUGCUUGAGGAUCUUCCGGCUCCCGUCGAGGAGUUAACCGAGGAGGAAAAGGCAACUGGUCCUGUCAUCGCCAACUACUAUCACCCCAACGCCACUUUCUCCUUCGUCUCUGACCUGGGUGUCAAGGAAUUUGGCAUGAUGGGUCCUCAAAUCCGACAAUACAUGCGCCUAGAGGCCACUGGUGCCCGAGACGGAUCGGGCCAGAACGGCUGGUAUUAUCCCGUUCUGUUCAUCAACAACUUUUGGCAACUCACAAACCAGAUGACUCUUCUCAACGACACAGUCAAGGAACUUCCCCUGCGUAUUGACCUUGGCAACCUGGCAGGUUGGCAGUUCCAGCUCAUGGCUACUCUUGAGACCAACUCCAAGGAGUCUGCCCGACAGGCUGCUUUCGGAGCCUCUCUCCCUGGCGGUGGCGACGGUACCGAGAUUGAAAUGAUCAAGGAGGUUUUCCUUGACUCAAACCCUUACUUGCUCGGCGUCACCAUCGUGGUCAGCAUCCUGCACAUGAUUCUCGAGACGCUUGCUUUCGGAUCUGAUAUUGCCCACUACCGCAAGAAGAAGGACAAUGUCGGUAUCUCGGUGCGCUCCAUUCUGGCCAACGUCUUCAUGCAGACCGUCAUCUUCCUCUAUCUCCUGGACAACUCGCAAAACACCAGCUGGAUGAUCCUGGGUAGCCAGGUCGUCGGUAUCGUCAUUGAGUUCUGGAAGAUUACAACCGUCGUCAACGUGCGCGUCCGUCCCGGCGCACCCGGAUCAUUCCUCCCAUACACGGUUACCUUCGAGGACAAGCAGAAGUUGACCGAGACUGAGGAGAAGACCAAGGAGUACGACGAGAUCGCCUUCAAGUACAUGUACAUGGCCGGCGUUCCUCUCCUGAUUGCCUAUGGCAUCUACUCGCUCAUCUACGACUCUCACAAGUCGUGGUACUCAUACAUCAUCACAACCCUGGUGGGAUCUGUCUACGCCUACGGAUUCCUGAUGAUGGUCCCCUCGCUGUACAUCAACUACCGCCUUAAGAGCGUUGCGCACAUGCCCGCCAAGGCCAUGAUGUACAAGUUCCUCAACACCUUUAUCGACGACCUGUUUGCCUUCACCAUCAAGAUGCCCAUCCUGCAUCGCCUGGCUACCUUCCGUGACGACAUCAUCUUCUUCGUGUACCUGUAUCAGCGAUGGGCGUAUAGGAUUGACUACUCUCGUGUCAACGAGUUUGGUCAGGGUGGUGAGGAUGAGGCGGAGGAUGAGAAGAAGGCCAAGGAUGAGGCCAAGGAGGUGUUGGCUGAGGAUAUCAAGAAGGUCGAGGCCAAGGUUGAGGCUAAGGCCAGUGGUGCCGAUACCGGCAAGGCCAAGAAGCGCAAGUGA